GACCCUCUUUCUCUGCUCCUCUUCUGUGUCGUUUUGGCCUCUUCGCAUCUCCGAUCCCUGCUCUCGGGUUAGGGUUAGGUAGGAAACAUGAGCGCCAACAGUUUGGAUAAAGAUGACGAGUUUGAUGAGCAGUUGCCAAUGCAGGAAUCGUACGGAGACAUCCAUAACGAUCCCAACGGAGAAACGGAUUCUUUGGGGCCGCAACUGGCCGAUAGUCCGUAUGAGUGGGACCAGGAUAAGAAGGCUUGGUUCCCCAAGAUCACUGAAGACUUCAUUGCUGCCUAUCAGGCUAAUUAUGGCUUCUCUAAUGACGGUGCAGCUAGCUCUUUUGCCGGUGUCCAGGAAUCCUGUAGUCAGCCUGUAGAAGAACCUCCACAAAGAAAAACCCCUGAGCCUGCUGAUCCCAAAAAGAAGGGAGAAAAAAGAAAGACCGACUCAGGAUGGUUCCAUGUGGAAGAAGACAAAAAUACAAAUGUGUAUGUGUCGGGCUUGCCUCCAGACAUUACACUGGAUGAAUUCAUACAGCUUAUGUCCAAGUUUGGCAUCAUUAUGAGAGAUCCUCAGACAGAAGAAUUUAAAGUUAAACUCUACAAAGAUAAUCAAGGAAAUCUGAAAGGAGAUGGGCUUUGCUGUUAUUUGAAGAGAGAAUCUGUGGCACUUGCAUUGAAGCUUUUGGAUGAAGAUGAAAUUAGAGGCUACAAGCUGCAUGUAGAGGUGGCAGAGUUUCAUCAGAAAGGGGACUAUGAUGCCUCAAAAAAGAAGAAGAAGUGCAGAGAUUUUAAGAAGAAGCUGUUUCUUCAGCAAAAGGAGUUGGAUUGGAGACCUGAGAGGAGACCUGGACCAUCUCGAAUGCGCCAUGAGCGAGUUGUCAUCCUCAAAAAUAUGUUUCACCCAAUGGAUUUUGAGAAUGAUCCAUUAGUGCUGAAUGAGAUCAGAGAAGAUCUUCAAGUUGAAUGUUCAAAGUUUGGACAAGUUAAGACACUCUUUCUCUUUGACAGGCACCCAGAUGGUGUAGCCUCUGUGUCCUUUAGGGAUCCCAAGGAAGCUGAUAAUUGUAUUCAAAUCCUUGAUGGAAGGUGGUUUGGUGGCCGUCAAAUUACUGCCCAAGCAUGGGAUGGAACUACUGAUUAUCGGGUAGAGGAGACCUCAAGAGAAAGGGAGGAGAGGUUGAGAGGAUGGGAAGCAUUCCUCAAUGCUCCAGAGGCAGACAGAGGCCUGCAGUGUCCAAAUUCUGCCUGUGCUCUAGAAAGGACAGGGCCUUCAAGAGUAAGGCAGUGCCCAUACACAUCUAAUGUGAAUGCUCAAGAGGCUUCAACUAGAAUGGCAUUUAUAGAACCUAUUGAGGAGAAGAAGUCUGUAAAGAUAGAAAAUAGGGAAGAAUUUGGAGAAGCUGCUUUAGGGAAAGAUGCUAAAGAAGAUGGGCCUGAGAAAGAGAUGAAAGAAAGCUCUCCUCCCAAAGAGUCAGAAGGAGCCUGCCCCAAGACAGAGUGUAAAGCAAGGUGCACAAAGAAAGGGCUUGAAGAUGAUUCUACUGAAGAGGUGAAAGAGAAUGGCUCUGAAGAGUCUAAGAAGAAAGAAAAAAAUGAUUGUGAAGGGAAUGGCCUUCCACAAGAUUCAAGAGAUGGAGACCCCAACAACGAAUCUGAAGAAUGCAACCUCAACAAUGAGCUGGAAGAGGAAGACUCAGAGAAAGAAUCUGAUGAAGACUGCCCUGGUAGGCAGUCUGAAGAAGGCGCCAAAAAAGAAACAGACCAAAAUGGUCUGGAUAAAGAUGCUGAGAGGACAGCUCUCACAGAGUUAGAAGAAAAUGACACUGACAAGCCCAAAUUUGAUGAAGGGUCUGAGAGAGCGCUGGAGGAGGAAGGCGCUGACAAAGACUCAGAAGAAAAGGAAGAAGGUGUGUGUGAGAAGGUUUUUGAUAAUGAGAAAGAGGAGAAAGAAGAUGUAAAUGAAAAAGGUGAAGAUUCUGAUGAGAAGAAAAAGAUAAGCCAAAUAAAACUUGAAGAAGAUGAUCUUAAGGAAGAUGAAGAUGACAAUGAGAAAUUGUUUGAGGAUAACAGUUUCAUUGAGAAGUCAUUCGAUGAUGAUGAGGGUUCCAAUAAGAAGUUGUUGGGUGAUUCUGAGCAAGGGACCCUGGUGACUGUGAAGGCAGAUGGGCCUCUGUCCACAGGCAGCAGCUUUAUUCUUGGUCAUGACGAUAACAAAGACAAUGAAGAGAACGACAAUGAGGAUGUUCAAUUCCUUACUCUUGCUUUUAGGAACAGCCCUCCAUCUCCAUCUGCCUGUGCUUCAUGGUCGUUAUCAGUAGUGUUAGAUGAACAUGUAUAUAGUGGUAGGGUGCAUAAUGCAGUAUGUGUUGAAAUUUUUUAUUGUUACCUUUAUGUCUUCCUAUAGAUUUUAAAUAUAUCUUAACUGGCUUUUCAAUUACAUCUUCAUAGUUAAAAUGUAAAUAAACUGGAUACUUGCCCUUUUAUCAGGUUUGUUAAGUUCAUGCAAAAGAAUAUUUUUGUAAGUAUUCUGAUGGAAGUUUAUGAUAUUCAAAAAUAAAGUAACUUGAUAAUCUGCAGGAAAAAGAAAUACUUUUCGUUUUUGAAGAAAGGCUGGCUAGCCUGUCUGCCUUAGGAAGGGCUUGUUGACAGUAGAUGUGUGUUAAUGUGAUUCCUCCAAGAAAACCUCUAAGUACCUAAAUACCGGUCUGUUACGUGCAAAUGCUUGGUGUCUGAAGUGAGCUUUUGUUUUAAUCUUAGCAUGCUGAAUUACUUCCUUAACGCAUGAGAUUAAGUUUCAGGGUGAAUUCAGUUCAGAAUUCCUGAGUUAUCUAUCUGUUCUUUCCAGCUACCUAAGCCACCCUGUAGACAGAUGGAAAUGCCGUUAAUGGUGGCAUGUUCUCCUGUGCCAGGAGGAACUGAGAUGCUUGUUUGUGCUUCUAGCAUUUGUGGCUUAUUCUCUGCCUACCCCACCCACAUGUGCUCCGUUCCAAGUGGGGAAGUUUUCCAAGUAGGCUUUAACUAUAAAGAAAUGCAUGCAAGGAAAUACUUAAUUGUUUGUUUGUCUGCU